UAUUGUUCAGUCAGACAAUAAUCUAUGGAGAAGUUGUCGAGAUGAAGGUCAGACCAGGAGACAACAUCACUCUUCACUGUGACCGUCCUUUAAAUCAUGGUUACAUUGUAUGGAUAAGAAACUGCUCUCAUGAACAUCAACCCUCUCUCAUAUUAGAUAAUACAAUAAUAUACAAAGAUACUUUCCAACGUUUUAGUUUUCCUAAAAACCCCAACAUUAAUUCUUUUGAUCUACAUAUUACUAACAUUAAAGUCUCUGAUCUGGGACUGUACUACUGUGCUGAACAUGAGAAAAAGGUAAAUAAAGAUGAAAAAGGCAUUAUAUUCUCAUCUGAUGUGUACCAUUAUGGAAACAAAACAACACGUCUUUCUCUUGCUGUGUCUUCUGGACCCUUCACCACCGUCUCUCCUCCUCCUCCUGUAUCAGACUGUUUCCUCCCCUGGAUGCUGCUUGUCAGUGUUUGUGUUGUGUGUUUUCUCCCCUGCUUCAUCUGUGUGUACUGCUUCUGUCAGAAGAAAACUACAGGUUUUGAGAGUGGAAAGAUGCUCACAGUAAAUGUUAUGAAGAUGGAUCCAACAGAGAAACAUCAAUGUGAGAUGAGUAAAGCUGGAAAGUUCUGCUAUCAUUCUGAAGUCACUUAUAGACUCCUUCCAUCUGUACAUCACCAUGAAAAGAUGUGAAUCUCUCUGUUCAGAUUACUGCACUUGAUUUGUACUCAGCUAUCUCAAUUACGAACUUGAUUAAUUACACAGUCUGGUUAUUUCCAUAAAAGUAUAUUUGGGUCUCAAGGUUAUCCGAAGC